AUGAACUCAGCUGUCCUUCAAAGCUUCAGCCUCUCCUGGAAGCAGUUGAAAGGGAGAGGCAGUAGCCGGUGUGGACGUGUUUCUCAAAAUACCAUCAUCUUCAUGGAAGGCAAAGAGUCCAGCACCGUGUUCCUGUUGAAGCGCAUCGUCGAGGGCAUCCUCAAGCAGCUGCCAGACGAGCAGCGGCUGUACAAGGACCACCGGUUUCUGGACAAUGGCAAGAUAUUGGGUGAGUGUGGCUUCACCAGCCAGACCCAGCCGCGGGUGGGGCUAGCCUUACAGGCAGGUGAAGCAUUUGAGACCCUGCCCAUCAAGCCCUUCUCCAGCCCACCGGAGCUGCCGGAAGUGAUGAAGCCGCAGGACCCAGGAAGCAUCGCUAAUGAACAAGCUGAGCAGUGA